AUGUCUAGCUUACUUCUUUCUGAUUUAAAUAUUGAGACUAUAUGCCAUGAUUUAUUUGCAUUCGUUAAUUAGCAAGGAAAAUAAAGUAAAACCCUCUCAAAAGCUGAAUUGAAAAAGUAAAAUGAUGAAUUUGAUGUCGAUCAACGAACUUAAAAAUGCCAAAACCUUAAAUAAUGGUAUCAGUUAAAGGAGAGCUAGUUUUUAGGUUGCUCAAUGAUUAAUAUAAGCCAAGAAAAGUAAUUUAUAUGGGACGCCAAUCGUGAAUAGUAGCUUUGGUAUAAGAAUUUAGUAAUCCCUACUAUUAAAGUAAGCUUUCCUUUCAGUUAGAUUUCCUCAAAAAUACCUAAGAUCUCAGCUAAAAUAAGGUGCUUUAAAUAAUUAGAAAACAAUACUUUUAAAGAAGUAGAAUUAACAGGAGAAUUGGAAUAAGAUGUCAAAGACGAUAAACCCCUUUUCUUCUCAGGCAUAAAAUUUUUAGAGACUACCUUUAUCUCAAGAGUAUUAAUUUUUUUCUAAUCAUUUUUUACAAAUUUUAAUAAAACCUUAAAAAUACUAAUCUAUAUAAAUAUCUAUCUAAAAUAUAUAUUUUAAAUUUCAAUUUUUUGA